AAUACACAAGGCCUGACCGCCAAGCACCUUGUUUGGGAACUUCAGAAAGCUUGCAGUUGACGCUGAGUCUACCAAAAUGGUAUCAUAAUCCAAGUAGGUUCGGCUUUUUGAGAAUCUUCCGAUUGAUAAGAUGCCUAAAAAAUCAGGAAUAAAAGCUGACGAUUAUGAAGGCAGGCUCCUGCGACCUGGCAAGAGUCGAGAGAGUUCGACCACACAGGAUGGCGUUCACCUGGAAUCCUCUUCCGCCUCAAAAGAAAGUGAAAUAGAGAAACCACCCUUACCAGUAGCAAAUGAAGACACUAAGGUGAGUCCAGCUUCUGAGGAGAAACUUGCUGAGGAAGCAGCAAACAGCAAGCAAAGCGAAUCAGAUGAAAGUGAGAAGGCCGUUUUGACGCAAUCAAUUGCCACAAGCGAAGGAACAAGGGAACUUACAGAACAUCAUGAGGACAAUGUGUCAAGUGGUAAUAAAAAUAUUAAGGAAAGUCAUGUUGACAAACCUGAUGAGACAGUAAAACAUGAAGAAGCUCUAACACCUGAACCUCCAGGCCAAGCUGUUUCCAAGUUAUCACCUCAUGCAGUUGAGUUUGUUCCUAAAGUCACCUAUAAUCUGGUAUCUGCAGUCAAUGCCCCUGAAUUUGUUCGAGCUCCAGUUCCAGAACAAAACAACCAACCUCCACUACUUCGUCAGAAGAGUAACACGCCUGAAAAUGAACUGAUGAACUGUGUUAGGGAUGUUCUGUUUGGCUUAACACAGAGCCCUGGCGAGUUACAUUAUUAUGUUGAUACUUUGGUAGAGAUGUUGAAAAAAUGGUUGAGUACUUUGACGUCCUUGCAGGAAGUUGUGGAUGCUAUCUUUGAAUAUUCAAUAACAGAACCUAACUUCCAAUAUAUGGCAGCCAGACUGUGCAACUUGUUAUCCAUGGAAAAUAGUAUUGUACUAAAGAAUAAUGAAAAGUUCAGGAGUGUAUUGAUGAAUAGAUGCAGAGAUGAACAUUUAAACAGAGAGGCAUCUCUUCAAAAUCCUGAAACCUUACCACGAUUGCUUGGGUUUGCAAUGUUUGAGGCUGAGCUCUUUUGUAACUACAGGCCCUUAGGUGAGAGUCAACCUUUAGAGGUAUUUCACAGAGGAUUGUUAGAAAUGUUAAAAACUCUUUUACAAAACCACUCAGAGGACUGUCUUAAAUGCAUUGGGAAUAUGUUAAAGGUAUGUUAACCCAGACAGAAUAAGAUUCAGAUAAUGAAUGCCACUCAAAAGUUGACAAUUUGCCAAUAAGUGCUCAGGUUUUAAUUUGUUUUGAUUAGUCUACUUUUUCAAUGUUAGUAGUUUUAUUUCUUUUUUCACUCCAUGAACUUGAAAAACAUUAUUUACUUUUUCUAGCUUAAGUUAUUAAAUAAAUGGAAUAGUAAGUAAUGGGUUAAUCUAACUUGUGGCUCUUCCUUCAUUGCCCAAUACCAAUAUCUAAACCUAGAUAUCUCUCCAUGCCAUAAGACAGAUAAGGCUUUGACAUUCUCCUUCUGUCUUCUUCAAUUUCCAGCUAAAACUCAGACAGUUGCCAAUGACUGCCAGCCAGCUGCACACCUUUCGUCUAUCAUUCUCCUCCAAUCCAUGUACAUGUAGAUGUAAUGUUACUUUGGGUUGACCUGAUCUCCUCCACCAGUCAGUUCCCAUUAACACACUGGUGUUCAUCUUAUACACACAAAAAAUGAAAAGGAUGCACAGUUUCUUGGCAAAGUGUAUCCUUGCCAGGGAUGCAGGAAAAAAGUUCAGAAAAUUGUUAGUAAAUA